UUAUUUAUCUGUCUAUUUAUUUAUUUAAUUAUUUAUUAUUCCAGUUGAGUAAGAGGAGGUUGGGGGUGAAGUUACCGACACAGCCAUCCACGCAUUACCCCUCCUGUGACUGUGGGCCUGUGUGCUGACCUGUCCACAGGAGGCGCUAGCUGCUCAGACAUCAGUCGGGCUGAUGAGGUAGAUCCGCGGUGUGUAGAGCUGCGCGGCACCGCGGCGCUCACGUCGCUCAUCUUCUACUCGCCGUGUUUCUGUGUGGGGCGUUCAGCUCAGCAGCGUCGCGCCUACCUACCAGGAAUGGACUGACUUUGUGGCUUCACCAACACUGACAAAUCCACUCUGUUCCUCUAGGACUCUUCGGUUCAAAGGAUAAACGUUCAGAGGCUGGGAACAUUUCAAUUUGAAGUUUUUUCCCCUCCUUGUGCCGCCUGAGCGACAACACAGAAUAUCCGUUGUUGCCGUUGGGCGAACCAGGAUUCAACUUAGACGAACCCGCAGACAUUUUGUUAUUUCUCAGAAUUAGACCAUUUUUUUCUCCCCUCCUCUUACUUUCUCAUCAGUGUAGUCGCAGCUGGCUGAGGAGAGCAAACUGGAAGCUUUGAAGGGGGCCAGCACAAGACGAAGGAAGAAACCAUUAUACCCGCCGCCAGCUUGCUUCAUCCCCGAAACACCGCUGUGUGCAUAACGUUAUUAAUUUACCCGCGUUUAGCUCGCAUCGCCGCCGUUACCGCUGGUGCGUCGAGGCGGAAAGCUCGCAACAGCGAUGAAUCGUUUUGACGGACAGCUUUUGAAGAAUUAGCUAGCUUAGCCAGCGAGGAACCAGCGCUGAUGGUGGUUUCCUGUUCACAGUCACAGUAAAUACGGGGUCGGGACAGGUACGGCUGAAUGGUCUUGCAUCACCCAGACAAGGCACCGACUCUGUUACACAGCUAACGGCGGCAAAGUGCAUCACUUAUAUCCAGCUUAAUAUUUUUCUUUUUUUGGGGAGGGGGGGUCUGCUAGCUACUGUUAGCUAGUCAUCCUGCUAACGCUGGACAGCUCCUGUUAAAGGCUGGGCUAGCUUUGGACAAAGGACCAACGCAAGGAAAAAAUAUAAACAAGAGGGCACACAAUUAAUCGUGUUUGGGAAGGAGAGCAACAAACAAGGAACUGACAUGAUGUUUCCACAAUCAAGACACUCAGCUUCAUCGCAGCAGCUGAAAUUCACAACCUCUGACUCCUGUGACAGGAUCAAGGAUGAGUUCCAGUUCCUCCAAGCACAAUACCACAGUUUGAAGCUUGAGUGUGACAAGUUGGCCAGUGAGAAGUCAGAGAUGCAGCGCCAUUAUAUCAUGUACUAUGAGAUGUCCUACGGGCUCAAUAUUGAGAUGCACAAACAGGCUGAGAUUGUGAAGAGAUUGAACGGGAUCUGUGCACAAGUCCUGCCCUACCUGUCUCAGGAGCACCAGCAGCAGGUCCUGGCGGCCAUAGAGAGGGCCAAGCAGGUCACCCCCCCAGAGAUGAACUCCAUCAUAAGGCAGCUUCAGGCUCACCAGCUGUCUCAGCUCCAGGGCCUGGCCCUGCCCAUGACCCCCCUGCCGCUGGGCCUGAGCCAGCCGACCCUCCCCGCUGUCACCACCUCCUCCGGUCUCUUCUCCCUCUCCUCCCUGCUGGCCUCCCAAGCCCAGCUGGCCAAGGAGGAGAAGUCACGUGACGGAGUGGACAGCCACCGCGAGGAGGACGGAGACAAGUCUGAUUAGAUGGUGUUCCCAUUCAGCUCUGUUUUUAUCCAGAGACCUGAAUCCCCAGAUCCCAGUCCCCUUGGCCUACAGCCUCUCCCCUGGUCUCCCUCUAUCUGACCUUAGCUAACAUGGGCUUUAAUCCCAUCACCACCAUCACCGCAGCUCCGGCUACAGACCCCUAACCAACUCCCAUAAUUGGGGGAGAGUUAUGGCACCUGCCCCUCAUGUCAGACUAGUCCUGAUUCCUUCAUAUUUACCAUACCUGGAUUAUUUCCUUAUCCUCCCUUCUCCCUAUCACCAUCAGAGUGUCUCUUUCUCAUAUAUCCUUUGUCUUUUCUUCAAACACUCUUUUUUUGAUAUACGAUUAAGCUUUGUUUUCCUGUGUCUUUUUUUUUUUUUUUAAAUCAGGACUACUUUCUAUUUCUGUUGCUUCCUGCCAUCCUGUCGCUCUGUCUCUCACCUCUUUUUCCUGUUUAGUUUCUACAUGCCUCUCUUCCUCUCACUCUCCCCCCACCUCUUGCCUCUGUUCUAAGCAGGUCGUUGUUGAGCAGGACUGAUAUGUGAGACUGAACGCACCGUACUGUAGGUGUCAAAACAGGCUAAAUGUUAAACAAAGGAAUUCUUUGGCAAUCUGUAAAAGUUGCUGUUUGUAGGAUUCCUACAAACUCACUUUCUUUCCUAAGACAAGGUCUCACAGAGAUCAGUAGUGUUGAUAUUUUCUUUUUUUUCUUUCUUUCUUUUUGUUGGGCAGUUCAGAUUGCAUGCAUUCAUUCCAAGCUAAAAGUUUGUUGUGAGUUUAAAUGGUUAUUGUUAUGGAUCAGAGAAGUGUUCAAAUAUUGCCCUAAAGCCCAAGCUAACGAGACAGAUAUUCCUCAAAUUUCUUUCUACAGUUACUGUCACGCCCGAACCAAAACUGCUGCUUUUAGGGCAGAAUUGUUGUAAUGAGAGGACACCUCCAGACAAACUAGAGAUUUUGUGUAUAAUCCUAAAUUUAUAUGGAGAAAGAAAAAGCACCUUGUCGUAGCGAACUUCAUGCUGAGAGCUGUCAGACUAGAUAACAAACCCACCUUAGUAAUUAAUCCCCCUGACUUACGACCCUCGCCUGACUCUGCGAGGAAUGUCAGAUAAAUCCGCCCAGCACCUUAACUGAAAGGCAACAUUUUCUUCAUAAGUUAAACAGAGCUGAGGCAGCAACAAAAAGAACAGAGAUGCCACUUGACUCGUGCACCCUCCCACCACCUUUUUCAUCUUUAAUGCGCACUAAUAUUAGAGCAUACACUCAGGGGGAGAGAGCGUGCAUGUUGUGUGUUUGACAGCAGAGGGCAGCGUGUGUCUUUGAAGAACCGUCCUCGCUGGACUCAGGCCUGAGCAAAACAAGGACGGGACAAUGACAGAGCGCAGGCUGUGUCGCAGGGGGAAUGGUUUAUUUAUCCACGCUGAGUGUACAAACUUAAUAUACAGAGACUAGACUGGUGACAUUAAUCUCUGCAUGCGGUCAGUCCCGGUCUCUGUCAUGAUCCAGUUCUUGAGAAAGAGUCUUUGGUCUAUUUUAAGGAGCAUCUCUGUCCCUGCAUUAAGAUGAAAACAUGGUUUCUCUGUAAAUUCAGAUUUAUACUGCACAUGUUUAUUCACUGUGCACACACAGGUCUGUCACAUAUUCGACCAACACUACAUUGUACAUGUGAAUUAAGAUUUACACACAGCACUGAGUGGGAAAUCUCGAUGAUCUCCAGCUCCGAUGAGCCGUCAGCAUCCUUACAGGCCCUGCAAACCCACACAGGUGUUUUCAGUUGCUCAGUUACUCUGUCUGAUUAGACCUGUAGUCACAUGGAAACUGGGUGAAACAAUGCUGACAAUAAUGUGAUCACUAAACUCUGGUUGUAUCCAGAAUCUCUCUUCAUGUGCUGUCGGAUGGCUUUAUAUGUACCCUCUGCCAUUUUAUUUGAGUAUCAGUGCCCUCUGCGGCCCGGUGUUCAAAACACGUACCAUGUAAUGACAGUGACCCCAGCAUGAUUUCGGCAGAGGACUUUUGCUGUAUAUUAUUUCCUCCUUUCUUCCCUCAUUUCCUGUCAUUUCUUUAAUGUCUACUGUUUAACACAAACGAAAAGUGUCCCAAAAGUGCAAAAAUGUUCUUGUAUGCUCACUAUAGAGUAAAGUAAUGGUUGAUUAUUAUAUAUGGAACAGUGAAUGAGGAAGUGAUUAUAUAUUAAUGAUAGAUAACAUAAGUUGAAUUCCACAUUCAUAUGGUAGUGGGAUGAAUGGGACAGAUUCCCAUAUUUACAGCUCGAGCUGUCAUUAGAUAACUUAAGACAGUCAUAGGACGUAAGAGUUGUGUGGGUUGUGUGAAGGUUAAAAACACAAAAACAGUGAAUUGACAAUAUACAACUCUUUUCAUUACAUUUUGGUUUACUUGCUUUGCACCCUGACUGACAUGAGGCAUUUUUCAUUUGGCCCUCAGACUCGUCUGUAUUACUAAGGGCAAAGUCAGACAUGUCCAAACUCUCAGAAAAAAGUAACUGUCCCAGUUUCUGUAACUCUGUAACUGUAACUCAGCAUAGCAGGUGCCACAAAACUGUGAGAAGUGUCAAUCAAGCAUAGUUCGUACUCACCCACAGAGUCCUGGGAAGAGGUCUAAUUGGGCAACAUAAGUGAAAACACGUGUGUGGGUGGACACCUGCAUGUGGGUUUUAACAGGGCCAGUAGCAGCCAGAUUGGCUUGAGUGUCUGCUUUCUUCAGGUUUCCAGCAGAGGAAGCCUCGGAGGUGAUCAAACCUCUGGCCUUGACAUUGUCGGUCCACAAACAUUAUCUGACUGGCCAUGAAUCUAGUGGCGACCUAUCUUUGUAUGAUUUUUGAUUUGAAGACAGCCUGUGCAUGAAGUUAUGAUUUAUACAAUCCCACUCCACCCACCCCACCCACACACACAUGCACACACACACACGUGCGUGCAAACAGACACAGAAACACACACAUGCACACGCCUCCUCUCAGCCUCCUCUCCUCUGUUAUAGUGGCUACAUUGUGUGAGUGAAUAGAUACCAAGAGUUUCAUUCUUAAAUAAACAAGCCUUCUUACACUUAUUAAAAUGAUCUCCAGCAUAAUGAUGAAGCACAUUUCACUGGCAAAGUCACCUCGAGACGUUUGCUCACAAAAUUGCUGAUUCAUGUGCAAAUUUGAAACAUUGGCAGUGGAAAUUCAGGAAGCAAAAAAUACAAUAUGAUGGAAUUUCAGAAUAAAACCCUUUAUGUGUCUAAAACUUUAGACAAUAAACUGUCGAUGACAUUGGUGGGAACACUCCUUCAGUGAUGCCCAUUAUUGUGUAUGUAUGUGAACCAGGUGUGUAUAAACAGUUGUACAGGUUUGGUCGUCAGUGAUAAACCACAGAGAUGAAAUGCAUUGCUGUUCUUACUAGAAACGCUAACAUGCUAUUCUGCUUGUGAAUUAAGCUCGCAGCACAUCGUCCUCCCAUCUAGCCGCAUACUGUAUGUAUCUAGUUACAUACUGUGCUUGUUGUAGUGAUAUGCAGAGCGUGUAGACGAAGCGACACACACACACACACACACAUCAGUGCAUGUCCGCGGGGGGAACUGAGAUUGAUUUCUUUCUGGUGGAGACAUUUUUUUAAAAGAAUGUUUGGUCCAAAAUUUUUCUGUGAUCAAUGCACUUGUUUGUUUUUUUUUCUCUCUCUCUCUCUUCUUUGUUUUUGAAUAUUAAUCGAUAUGAACUAGAAUCAGAAUUACAAAGCUGACGUUAUAAACAUACAAAUGAAAUUCUAUGUAUUUGUUAAAGUAGUUGGAGGUGCUCGCCUCUGUAUACAGUUAUACAUAGAAAGCUUUAUGUGUAUAUGGCUGCAUCUUCUCUUGUCUGUCCUGGAUGAUUCUUGUGCUAUUGUGUUACAAAACUGAUGUGACACCAGGGGGGAAACUGCAGUACGUUGACCUUUUGCCCUUUGACCCCUUUUGACCCCCCACCCCCCUCCUCCAUCCCGUCCCCCACCACAUCCCUUUUUCUCCCAUGCCUUAUCCCACCUUCCCUACUUUUUGCCCCCAUAGCGUGAAGCAUUGUAAGCGUUUUGAGCUUUGUAAAGGUCUUUUUUUAAAUACUUAUUUUGUGUAUAAUGUAAAACCUGAAAGUGUGUACUUUGGCAAAAAAAAAAAAUGUUUUGUGUCUGAAAUCAUAGCUUCAUUUAAACAAAUAAACAACAACAACAAAAAAGAAACUAUAAAAAAGUACAACAAACAUUUACUAUAAAUAAUAAGAAAUGUUCUGCAGUAAGGAAGGACUUCUGGUGCCUUACAAAUAAAGUCAAUCAAAUCAUAAA